AUGGCGGCGCGUAAACUUUUUUUCGACGAUUCUGAUUUUGAUGCAAAUAAAUUGACGGAAUUACAAGCUCAUGAAUCCACUGAUUCGGAAUAUCUUGAUGACUCUGAUGCUGAUCCCAGUUACAUUUGUAGAAUUUUGAAGAAAGGACAAUGGCCUAUUGUGGAGUCCAUACAUUAUCCUAGUGCUCCAGUAAUUACUGAUUCUAGUUUAAAUAUUGUACAGCAGAAUAAUUUAAAUCAGAAUGAAGCGAUGGACUAUACAGAUAUGGAUGUUGCAACUCAGAAUUUAGGUCUAAAUGUUACACAACAGAAUGAUACAAUUCAAAACGAGGAGUUGUUUGAGUGUACGGAUAAUGAUAUUACAAAUCAAAAUCGGAGAAAAGGGCGAAAAAGAACAAAAGAUCCACAGGCAUGGAAAUGUUACAUAAAUAAAAGGAAAAGACAAGCAGGCGAGGAGUAUCACAACAGAAACAAAACAGUUAGACGAAGAAGGGAGUUGAAAAAUACAAAGGACUGCACAGCAUGCAAAUUCAAAUGCAGCACAUUCUUCUCAGAAGACCAAAGGGCUUUGAUAUUUGCACAUUUCUGGAGCCUCCCUGAUGAGAGAAAAUCGCAUUUCUACAGCGAAAAUACAACACGUAUUUUAAAAAAAACUAAAAGAACAACAGUUGAGGACUCGAGGCGGCAGUACUCUUUCUCCUACUUUUUCUAUAAAGAUGGUUCUGCUAUCAGAGUUUGUAAACCCUUUUUUUUGAACACAUUGGACAUUAGCCAACGUAGAAUCUCCUACUUCUAUGAUCACUUUCAAACAGCAACCAAUACACCAGCUGCUAGGAAACAAGGCAAACAUGUCAAAAAAAGGAUUCCUGACAAUGUUAGAGAAGGAAUAAGAGAACAUAUUAGGAGUGUGCCUUGUGUAGACUCACACUAUUGCAGAGCUAAAACAAACCGAAAGUAUUUUGAAUCCGAAUUAUCUGCAAGUCGGCUUUAUGAAUUAUACACAACAUUUUGUCAGGAAAAGGGAUAUGAAGCUGGUAAAAAACACUUGUACACUAAUAUUUUUGCAACAGAAUUUAACAUUUCGUUCCACCAUAGAAAAAAGGAUAGAUGUGAAAAAUGUGAAAUAUUCAAAACUAAAACCUCUGAAGGUACGUUCAGUGAUGAAGAGCAAUCACGACAUUUCAAACACAUUGAACUUAAAGAAGAUGCCCGUGAAGAACGAAAGCGAGAUAGAGAGUCAAGAGUUCCUGUUCUUUCCUUUGAUUUGCAAAAAGUCAUAACCCUCCCGAAGGCUGAAGUCUCAAAUUUUUAUUACCUAAGGAAGCUCUCUUCUUAUAACAUGACAGCGCAUCUGUCGGUAGACAAAUCUACUUACUGUUGUGUCUGGACUGAAGGCCAGUCUGGCAGAUCUGGGAAUGACAUGGCAUCUGCCAUCAUUAAAAUUUUAGAGUCUGUCUUGGAGAAGCAUCCUCAGAUAAAAAACCUGAUACUGUGGUCAGAUUCGUGUGUUCCACAGAAUAGAAACCGCAUCAUGACAGAAAAGAAGAAAGAUUUGAAAAAAAUGAUGCCCUACAUGCCAGAGAUUGACAGAAAAUUUAUGGCUACUCUUUGUGCUGUGGAUUACCGUUGCGAGAAAAAUUGGGUUCAAGAUCAGCAUCUUUGCUACUACUUUAGCAAGAACUACGAGCCUUACGCUAACUGGGAGGAAGCUAACAGCACAUGUGGGCGCUAUGGCGCUUUCCUUUUUGAGGGAUUUCAAGAGGAAACAUUAGAGUUUGUAAAAGACUUUGUGUCAAGCGACGUUUGGGUUUAUUUAUAUACAAAUCAUCCUCUAAUGUGCGCGACGUUAGCACCACAAUCAAGACAAUCACCAUGGGGCUACAACUACAUUUCAAGUAACUAUCAUGGUUACCAUGAUACAAAACCUACUCUCGAAAUUCACAUGGAUACCAAUUGCCAAAGAAAAUUACCUUUCAUCUGUAAGAAAUACGUGCAGCUACAUGAAAAGAAUGCUUUAUUCAAUGGAAGCUUGGCUGAAUCAAUUACCAAUCUGACGCAACAAUGUGACGUUAUGAGCCUCUUCUACCUUGGGCAAUGUCUGGUGGCCGUGAAUGUUCCCCUGGCGAAUCCUGAUGCUGAAACUGUCUGUGCCAGUAAAGGCGGUACUUUGAUGCCUGACAAACGUGAUGUGAUGUUGCUUAAUUACGAGCUGGAGUUAAAGAACAUCACUGGUGACGUUUGGAUCAAACAUGACGGUGAAAUUAUGAGUAGCUUUGACUACAUGAUGAUGAAAAUGUUCAAAAGCAGAAGGAUGCAGCUUUGCACAUCCUUGUUUAAUGGGACAAAAAACAACCAUGAAGAAUGUUGGAAGAAACUACCCUUUGUUUGUCUAUUGCCUAUUGAAAAAUCAAAUGUCACUAUUGUGACGGAGCAGUAUCAACAACCAGACCACCCACAUCAUAAAUGUCCUGAGCAUGAGAUCAAACAUAGAGAUAGUUGCUAUAUGGUUCAGUCAGAUCACGUGUAUAGCUGGCAUGACGCGAUAAAACAUUGCAAGAAACUCGGGAUGGGGCUACUGAAUGUGAAAUCAUAUGAAGAGUUUAAAUUUGUAAAAAAACAUGUGGGGAAUAUGAGCGAGAUUUGGAUCGGGCUGUAUAUGUCACCAUCAGGUCAGUUAAAAUCACUUGACCACCAGGAUUGGAAUUUAACUAUGAACUUGACAGCGAUGAACGACACAAACACUAAUCAGUGUAUCGCCUUCAACAAUGUUUUGGGCAAGCUGGAGGUAAAGGACUGUAAGGAAAAAAUGUACACUGUCUGCCAUGGUAUGUAA